UUUACAAUCCCUGCACGCAUUCCUUCCUCUUACACGAAACUACACAAACCCAUUGAGAAUCUACUAGCGAGAUCUAGUCUUUCGUUAUCAAUAUUCAUUUGUGCAUUUGUUCAGAAAUCCAUUGAAGGUGAGUUUUGAAAUAUCUAAUUGCAUCGAGUUUACUCUAUUUUCAUUAAUUUCAUUUUGAAGAGAAACGCAAAACCCAGGAAGAAAUCUGCAAGGAAUCGAUCGUACUGUGAAAAGUGAUCGUUCGAUGCGAUCUGAGCUCGUAGAUCGGUCUGAAGCUUCCAUUUCGAGGAUUUUUUUUAAGCAUUCCUUUUCCUGGCUAUCAGGUAAUUGGUUGGGUGGUUGAAUACCAAGAUAUUCUGAUUGGGCUUGGAGUUGAUGAGUUUUUAGCCCAAGUGUGCUCUGAGAGCGGUGCAAUGGAUCCUCUUAUGAACUCUUAUGUUGAGAGAAUGCAAGCUACAACUAGGGAGAAGAUGUCAACAGAAAUGUGUCAAAGUGACAACUCUAAUGAAAUUUCAACUAAUGAUAGUCUUAGUAAAGUGUUGGGAAAGGAUCAUGCUGGACAUGUACGUUGCUUGGGAUUAGGAGGUCUACAUGGUGUGGCAUUUCAAUCAUCCACAAGAUUUAGUGGUGUAGGGUGCAGUUCUUCAAAUUCUGAUUCCACAGAAAAUUCUCAACUAAAAAAUGAAGUAAUUAGUUUGAAGGGUCAAUUGGCAAAUUCUCAAGAAAAUGUCAUGACAUUAAAAAAUGUCAUGCUUGCUUACAUACAAAUGAAGGAAGGACAUAUUCCUACUGAGUUAGAGGCUAUGUUUGGUAGUGGUAGUAGUAAUGUAGCGGAUGAAGGGAGUGGACAUGACAUGCCAACACCACAAGGAGGAUCUUCAUUAGAUAGUAAUGUUCAUGGUGUUUGACAUUUUUUUUUUGUUAGAUAUGAUGAACUCACGAAUUUAAACCUAUGUUUUUAUAUUUGAAGGCAAGAUUAACUAAA